GGCACAUGUAACCUCCACCCGACCCCGACGCGCGAGUCAUUCUCGCGCGAACCGAACGGCGGCUCCUCUUCCCCCGGCAGCCUAGGGUUCUCCUCCUCCGAUCAGUCGUUAGCGGGCACUCCGUGACAAGUCCUCACCUCCCCGUGCUCCUCGGAUGGCGACCAGCGAGGAGCUCGCCCAGAUCGACAUCUCCAAGGAGGAGAAGGACAAGCUGGUGGCGGAGGUGAUGCGGUACAUGCUCUUCAAGACGCACCAGACCUCCGGAUGCCCCAUCAAGCGGGAGGAGCUCACGGGGAUCGUCACCAAGAACUACCGCCAGCGUGCCCUGCCCGCGCUCGUCAUCAACGAGGCCCGGGACAGGCUCGCCGCCACCUUUGGGUACGAAGUGAGGGAACUCCAGAGGACCCGCGCCCCGUCCACGCGCUCUGGCCGGCCGUCACAGCCGCAGCCGAAUGCGGAGGCGAAGAGCUAUGUUCUGGUCAGCCAGCUAGACCAUGAGGUGUAUAGCAAGUACGUUGAGGAUAAGGAGGCUGCCCCUCUAUCUGGCUUUGCUUUCACUAUCAUUAGCCUUAUUCAUCUUGCUGGUGGCAAAAUCCCCGAAGAGGACCUCUGGCAUCAGUUGAAGCGGCUGGGUUUGAAGAACGAUAAUGAUGAGAAGCACCCUGCUCUUGGUAACAAUAAGCAGGCGCUUGAACUCCUUGUGCAGCAAAGGUACUUGCUGAAGGAGAAACUUGCUGGACCAGAAGGUCAUGUUGUGAUGUAUGAGCUUGCUGAGAGGGCAUUGGAUGAAUCCAUCAGUGGGAAGCUUAAAGACUACAUUGCACAGGGUAUCUGCCCUGUUCGUUGUGGGCGAGGACGAGCUGACUCUAUUCAGGAUGGGAAGCUAUAUCAUCUUGCAGGGUCGCUAAGUCCUGUCGAAACAGGGCGUAUUUUGUACAGGAGAGCAGAUGUGUGCCUCUCAGAUUAGGCGGUAGUGUCUUUAACUGAACAAUGUUAGUGCCAUGCUGUAACCAGCUUACCAUGCUUGGAUUACCUUUUGUUGGGUAGUAUAUGUAUGUCAGUCUGUGUCGUUGAACGAAGCUGCUUAGCUUAACCAGACCGUACUGUUACUAAUUCUGUUCACUGCCGUACUGUCACAAGCAAAGCCAUAUGUUGUGUCGUGGCACUGGAUGCUGCGAGGUUUCUUUGAUCCUAA